GGGUGCUGUAGGCGCGGUCCUGUGUGAGUGUGUGUGUAUGUGCGCGUGUGACUGUAUUUGGCGUUCCGCACGCGUUUCUGGAUAUAGGGAAAAGAGCAGCAACAGAAACUAUUAGGACACUAGCGCACGAGCCCAUCUUACACAAUGGCUGCUAACAAACUGGGUAGAAGAAAUAUAAACAAAACGCAUUCUCCCUCCCGGGGAGCACCCAGAGACGCCGGCAUAGGGGUGCAGAAGCGGCAGGCUCGGGUUACUGUUAAGUAUGACCGCAAGGAACUCCAAAAGCGUUUGGAUGUAGAGAAAUGGAUAGACGAGCGGCUGGCUGAGUUGUACCUGGGCACGGAAACUGAUAUGCCUGAAGAAGUUAACAUCGAUGACCUGUUAGACCUUGAAAGUAAUGAAGCAAGGUCCCAAAAACUACAAGAAUUCACCAAUGAGUUGUUAACCAAAUUACAUGGUCUUCAGAAACAAAAUGUUUUACAGAAAAAUGGCAUUGAGAACCUGGGGGCCAAGACACGACUUGAAGUACAAGUUGUAGAAGAGGAAGACUGAAAAUGGCUGAAGAUUCUUCAAAGCUGCUGUUUCUUUUCUGAAACUGAAGGACUUGUAAAGUAAAGCACCAUGUGGCAUGUUUUAUGUGAAGGCAUAUUAUAAACCCUUAUGUUAUGUUAAAAAUAAUGAAUAUUAGUUUCACAGUUAUGGCACAAAGAUGUUUUGCCUAAAUUAUAAUUUGUGAUGCAUAAAGCAGUGUCCAGAAAAACAGAAAUAUAGAAUGACAGCUUUUCAAUUUGGAAGAUAUUAGCUGUCGUUAAGAAUAUGUGUACAUGUUCUUUUUCACCUUUUUUUUUUUUAGGAACCCUUUGACAUACAAUAGUUUCUAGAUGACAAUUCACCAGAUCACUCCUUUGUAAACUUCCUCUCUGAUAGAUAAAAAUAUAGCAUUGUCACGUAUAAUGUUACAUUUACUAAGUAAAGGCUAGUAAUGUUUUUUGCAAGUAUUAUAAUUUUAUAAUUAUUAUUAGAGUUUUACAUUGUGGUGUGGAAUGCUGUAACAUCACUGCAAGGAUGUUUUCCUUUAUUUAACUACCUUUGAAACUUAAUGAUAGGCUUGUUUUGUCACAUGUACAGAUAUGAUACUUAAGUGCACAAGUGCCCACCAACACAGACACUCUGCAUUAAGUGCCCGAUCCUAAUUAUGGUAUCAAUGUUUUAAUAUUUCAUUAUGUUUGAAUAAUAUGCAGUUUCUGUUUUUCAUUGCAUUUAUAUGACUGACUUGAUAUGCAUGCAAACUAAAGUGUGAAUACUUCUGUUCUAAAACGAGCUGCAAUUGUUGUAGUCUACCGCAAUAAACACCGUUUUAAUACAUUUCCCCACUGUUGAAGUUGAUUAACUUGGCAGUCUAUUUAAUUACUCAUAGGUGUCUUGUAUGUACCCCAUAGGGUCAUACUGAGGACUGGUUCUUUGUUACACAUCCAUAGCUUACUGUGAUAGGCUCCAGCUUCUUUGGAGCCCUGAACAGGAUAAAACAGAAGUACUGGAGAAUAAAUGAAUGCAUUAAUGAAUGAAUAAAUAACAGUAGAUGUGAGUUAUAUGCUUCUUUGUAGGUUUGUCUGUUUGAAUUAAUAUCAGGAUUCUGAAUGGUUACACCAUGCAAUAUAUACUUUUAAAUCUGUGCUUCUGUAACGCUAUUGGAAAUAAGUAUUUAAUAUGCCAGACAUUACAAAGACACCAGCUAAAAAACAAAAGAAAAGAAGUGUAAGUAAUUAGCAACACUGUAGCAGUAUCCAGUAUGCACAUGUGCCUAUCUUGUAUAUUUGUGUGUUGUAUAAUAUAUUUGUGUAUAAACUAUAUAUGAAGGAUUUGCUGUCUAUACCUACAGUCUAAGAUAGCAGCAUGUUUUUCUGCUGAAGAGGCCACAUACAUUCAACAGCAGUAUCUGUAUUUGAAACCUUUUACAUUUCUGCAUUAAUUGAAUGUAUAAUGUGCAGUGUUUAUGAUGUUUUUAAUCGGUCAUAAUGAAUAGGGCUAAAACAGUGAAUUGGAGAUAUGUUUUUGGCCUGGAUGAAUGAUGAUUCUAAUUUAUGUGCAGCAUUUGUCAUCAGGGGCAUCAUUAUAUCUCUUUUCAUGUUGUGGUCAUUCAUACUAGCUAAUCACUUUAAUUUGAUUUGUUAAAUAGAUAUGUUUUCACUCUGUCUUCAUUACAUUAUGAGAAAAAAAGGGAUCUUAACUCCCAUGUGCUUAUAAACAUGCAUAAUUUUCCUUAUAAAGACUCAGUGGGUUCUUGGUGCCAAGGAAUUCAUUUUUUUCUGCCUAUUUAAGGAACUAUGAAAAUAGUGUUCAUGUUUCUUGAAAAUAUAAUUGUGUGCCAAGAAUACUUGACUUUUAUUACAGAUGAAAAGUUGCUUCUAGUCUAGUCUGCCUCACACGUAGAGGAGUCCCAUAGGAUCAUCUGUCAUAUACAGUACAGUGUUUUGAAGGACUAUAUUUUAUAGCGACUUUGCUGCUGAAAUGCAGGAAAUAUACUUUCAUCCAACACUAAGAUUUUUCCACCCCCACAUACAGUAGACCUUUGCACAUUCAUAUGCAAAUGAUUUAUAUUGUGGCAAUUUGUAAUGUGAUGAAGUAACAGUAAGUCUAAUAUUGCUUCAUUAUUAGAAUUAUUUUUCUAAUUAUGGUUAAAUGUGCAGUCAUGUUAUAGCAUCACUGACAUUUCCUAAAGAAGAACAAACUAGACUGACUUACUGUUACAAUACUAUGUGAACAGCUGAGCCGUUUCAUAUUUAACAAUUACAUCUGUAACAGGUGCAUUGUUUAUCCUUACCCUACCACCUACACAUACAUGUUGCUAUAUACUAGUAUAUUACUGUAUAACCUUUUGUAUAAUUGUUUUGGAUUGUUUCUCAUCAAUGUUGAAAUAAAAUGCUUCUUUUUUAAAUGCA